AAACUGAGUUUUCUUUGACUUCAUAGUUAGGAUGGUUGAGCUGCCUCUCGGUGGAGACUGACUCAGUGUGUGGCUUCGUCAGGCGUUUGGCCGAGGUCGACUUGACAGUUAUCAUUCAAGAUGGAAGUCAAGAAAAAGACCUUCUUGGAGAACCUUCGUCUGAAAACUAAGUUUGUGAACCUGAAGAAGCCGGGGAAGAAGGCCAUCCCCAAGCAGGGCAGGAAGCUGGCCCAUCGGCGCAGCAUUUCUGUACCAGACCUACGGUUUAUUCCAGGUGAAGCAUUUCCUUCAGACAGCUACUUGGCGCCCAUUCCCUCUGAUGCCAUCUUCUUCGGCAACUCCCCUAGUCGGAGUGAUACUGAUUCUGUGGCGAGUGGCUCCAUCGCUGAUGAACCACUUUACACAGACAAACCGAACAAUCCAGUCCCAGACUAUAGACUCAGAGUUCCCACAGGUCGCACAAAUGCUGCUUUGAAUAGAAUAAGUGCACCAGUGGGAUUAAGCAGUUACGAGGAAAUUGAUGGUGUGAUUAAUUCACGCUCACAGAACAAGGUGGCCUUUACUCAAGAAGGUCUGUAUGCACAAGUAGACAAAAGACCCAAGGAGAAUGCACCUAGAUUUCGUUUUGACCCUAUUGCUGCACCAAGAUCUGUUUUUCCCCAAGCAUCUUCACCAAGACCAGACCACGUAGAGAGACAGAGUCUCUUUGGGGAAGACGCCCCAGUAGACAGAGUGUGUUCAGGUGCUGUCGCUGCAUCAUUAGCCAGAGCAAGCUCAAUGGGCGACCAAGUUAACCCGUACACAGACAAGAAGACCACAUCAUUUGAGCCUAGAAAGUCAUCGUCUGAAAAGGGAACUCCGCCAGCAAUCCGAGUAAAUGCUCGCGCAGCUACGUCUCAGAUGUUAGACACCCUGUGUACUCCUGCGGAGAGUGCAGACGGCACCUCUUUGGACUCUGCCGGUGGCAGUCCCACCGAGGAGCGAGUCAACAUGCCCUGGACGACGGACUCGGAGGAACAGGACCGAGAACUCUACUCUCCCUUUUCCAUGAGAGAGUUUACUGCCGAAGAGGCUCUGCUGGAACAAGCCCAGGCUGAGGAGGCCCUGGAAGAAACGGCAGAGAUGUCCAGUGAGCCGUUUGAUUUCUUUGAUGAAAAUCAAGAUCCUCUGGACAACCCUGCUCCCUCACCAGGGCCUGACGUCCAAGCACCCCCGAGUCAGAGAUACCUCCUGAACAUCAACCUGAAGCAGGGAAAGAACCUGGUCAUCCGGGACAAGCGCUCCGGGACCAGUGAUCCUUAUGUGAAGUUCAAACUUGAAGGAAAGCAGUUCUAUAAAAGCAAAGUGGUUUAUAAAACCCUGAACCCACGGUGGAACGAGUCCUUCUCCCAUCCUCUUCGAGACAGAGACCAUGCCGUGGACGUUCGGGUCUACAAUAAAAAGCGGACCACUGAUGAGUUCAUGGGCUCCAGCACUAUUGUUCUGAACAAUCUUGAAUUUUACAAAACCUACGAAAUGGAGUUGCAGCUUGAUGAUCCAAAAAGUAAAGAAGAUGACAUGGGACUGAUCGCUGUGGAAGUCUGCUUAAUGUUUAGAGACGCCACCAUCAAAAGAAGCCCAAGAUGGCCAGUAAGGAAGAAUAAGCAGAACCAGGCCGCAGUAUCCCCGCGACCAGCUGAGACGCAAAGAAAUCAGCUGAAGAACCAGAUGUGGACUGGGAUGCUUGGUAUCACCUUGGUGGAGGGACAGGACCUGCCUCAGCAUGGCGACGGGGACAUUUACGUCCGCUUUCGCCACGGUGAUCAGAAGUACAAGAGCAAGAACAUUUGCGUCCAGGCCAAUCCACAGUGGAGAGAGCAGUUUGACUUCAAUCAGUUUGAAGAUAACCAGGAACCUCUGCAGGUGGAGGUGUACUGCAAGAGAGGGAGGAAGGGUGAGGAAUCAUGGGGGAUGUUUGAGAUUGACCUAUUGAGACUUCCACUUAAUGAGAGGCAGCUCUACACUCAUGUGCUGGACCCAGGAAAGGGCAAGCUGGUGUUUCUGGUCACCCUUAGACCCUGCUGGGGAGUCUCCAUCUCUGACAUCGAAACAGCUGCCUUGGAGAAGCCUGAUGAGAGAGAAGUGGUAUUGGAGAAAUUUAGCUUAAAGAACUCACACAAGUGUGUGGGGGAGGUUGGCAUCCUUCAGGUCAAAGUUGUAAAGGCAAAUGAUGUUCCUGCCACAGACCUCAAAGGGAAAAGCAACGCUUUUUGUGUUGUGGAGCUCGGCAACAGCAAACUUCAAACUCACACAAUCUACAAGACCCUCAAUCCGGAGUGGAACAAAGCCUUUACAUUCCCAAUAAAGGACAUUCAUGAUGUGAUACAGUUGACUCUCCUUGAUGAAAAUGGAGAAAAAGCCCCAGACUUUUUAGGGAAAGUGGCCAUUCCAUUACUGACAGUUCAGAAUGGACAGGAGAUAUGCCUGUUCUUGAAGAAAGAAGACAUGGGAAAUGCAUCAAAAGGAACCAUCACACUGGUGCUGGAUGUGAUCUACAACAAAGUCAGAGCUGGCAUCAGGACCUUCAAACCAAAGGAGACCAAAUUAACGGAGGAAAACCUGAAGUUCUCCAAAAAGGUUCUUGCCCGGAAUAUAUGUCGGGUUCGAAAAAUCAGCACAGCAGUUCUGUACACGUUACAGUACAUUAAAAGCUGUUUUCAAUGGGAGAGCACGCAACGGAGUCUAAUAGCCUUUCUGAUCUUCCUUGUGACGGUGUGGCACUGGGAACUCUUCAUGCUGCCCCUCUUCCUGCUUCUGCUCAUUGGCUGGCACUACUUCCAGCUCUCUACAGGGAAGGCCAGCUCCAACCAGGACCCGGUGAACACGAGCAUGGGUGACGACGAAGAGGAAGACGAGAAGGAAUCCGGAAAAAAGGGUUUGAUGGAGAAGAUACAUAUGGUGCAGGAAGUAGUGCUGGCUGUCCAGAACGUUUUGGAGGAAAUCGCAAACAUCGGAGAGCGAAUCAAGAACAUAUUCAACUGGUCUGUCCCCUUCUUGUCAUGCCUGGCCUGCAUGAUGCUGUUUGUGGCAACUGCGCUGUUGUAUUUCAUCCCUCUGCGAUAUAUUGUGCUGAUAUGGGGUGUUAACAAAUUUACCAAGAAGCUGCGCAACCCAUAUACUGUUGACAAUAAUGAUAUACUGGAUUUCCUCAAGAGGGUGCCUUCUGAUGUUCAAAAGGUGCAGCACAGCGCGCUGAGAGCGCCCACCAGCCAGAACCAGCCGCGGAAGAAGAGGUAAGCGUUGCUGGAUGAAAGGCUGGUCUCCUUUUGAAUACGCUACGAUGCAGUCCACCUGACAACAAUGCUCCAGUGCCAGCAGAGGCCCCUGACCCAUGUGCCCCCCCCCCCCCCCCACCAUACCAUCCUAACUCUGCCCCCUGCUGCUGAGGGGCAGCCAGCCGCUCUCUGGCUUGUGCGUAUGUGCCACCCCCCCCCAGACAGAGGCUGUGAACUGUAGCAGCUAGAAGGGCAGCACAUGGCGCUGUCAAUCACAAGCCUGGAGGUAAAGAAAAGAGAGCGCUGCAAGGCUCAGCCUUCAUCUUUGGAUAUCAUUUAGAAAAGGAAUGAAAAUCGUCGGGUUUGGCUUACCUUAGACCUCUAAUGUUUUGCUUCUUUUUAAAUUCUCUUUUAUUUACUUUGAAACUAAGAAAUUUGCCUUCCGGUCAAGUUAAUACAACUUCAACCGAACAUGGAAAUGUUUUUCUUUAUUCAUGUGUUAAUAUAAUUAAAGAUCAAAAGGUCAUAUAUCUCGCAAUAGAUUUUUAUGUUCCAAUCAAAAUAUGUUUUCUCGCACAUUUAACAUAUUAGGACAGAGUACUGAAUGCUAUUGUUUUUGUGGUAAGGAUUUAAUGUAUAUAAUAUAAUUCUCUCAGCUUUCUUAGUUUUAUGUCGGCAACAAAUAUAUAUUUAUGUACUGCAUGUGCUUUAUUUCCAGCUGACUUUUUAUGUCACUGUAUUAAUUUGAGUUUUAUUUUUACUCGGUAUCUUGUCUGCUUCAUCAAAUGGAGAAUUUGCAGGAGUCCUGAGUAAAGAAUCUUGAUCAGUU